UUUUUAACAGUUCCAUGGGGAUGCUCUGUUACCUCUGCAUGUUCAAUCAAGAGUGUUUAUGUGGAUCUUCCGGAAUGGGGAAAAUACAUUCGAGUAAGCAACCUCACCCCAUCGAAUCGUCAGCUGCAUCGUUGUCCGUCGAUAUAAAAAAUUGAUCACCGCAUCGAUGCCGAUAGACUGUCAGCAAUCAAACAAAAUACGCCACCACCAUCGCUGGAACGCACCAGCAAAUCUGCCGAAAGACAAAAGAGCAGAACAAGAAAAAAAAAGGAGAUGCAUUUUUCACACAACCGCUGGUGAACGUCAAAAGCCACAAAAAUAGUCCCGGCGUGAACGACAAAGCAGCAAAAAAAAUACAUACCCAGCAAACGCAACGAUGGCAUUCAAAUCGACAACUGCUAACGACAUGAACGACCUAGAGCAGUUGGGUUCGUGAUGACAGCAACUAGCUCACCGUUUCCGCUAACUGCGGACGAUUUAAAUCCCCGACAGCCCGUUCGAGUUCCCUUCGUGUGUCGUGACACACACACACACACACAGCAUCGUGUAGUGAGGAACCGGAUCCGGAUUGUGUACGUUUGUGAAGCACACGAACCACGCACACUUCAGUUGCCGCGUGUGCGUUUGUGCGUGUAUGAGUCGCGCGUUAAACUUUCCCAAGUGCGAAGCAACGGAAUUGGUUGCGAAAGAAGAUGCUCUCGGCGUAAGGUCUGCCAGCUACCGAUGGCAGCAUGGUGCGUCAGCCGGUGCAUUGCGGUGAGCCACCUUCGUUCGUUCGGUGUACGGUGUGCGUGAAGAUCAUUUGCAACGAUCCUGUGCCGGAUUACAGCGCGUUCUAGUGCAACCUAUUGUGUGCGCGUUCGCGUGUGUGCGUGCGUGGGGUGUGCUAAUAGUUGUGGGUGCUUUCGUUGUGCGCGUCGUGCGGGUGCAGGGUGAGUGCGGGCGGUGAGCGAAGUAUUAGUGCCAGUGUAAAGUGAGUGAGAUCGUUGGGGUGUGCUUUGGAGGUUCAUAGCCCUGCACUGUUGUGUGGGUUGAUAGCGAAGGUCACGGUGUCCGUGCCACCGUGUGCGGUGUGGUAAAGGUGUGUCAGGUUGUUUUUGCUACGAUGGAAUUGCGGCACAAAUUCGCCUCGAUAGUUCGGCUAAUGCUGUUGCUGAUGGUUGGCGGUGGCAAGUGGGUGCAGGUGAAAAGCGAAGGAUUCAAAGCAGACGUGCCGACUCACCUGGAGAAGGUGCUGGUUAACGAGACGGCACAAAUCAAAUGCGACGUGUCGUCCAACCUCACGAACGAUCGUAUCCUGCUGGUAGUGUGGUACAAGGAUAACGUACCAAUCUACAGCUUCGAUACUCGUGGACCUCACGUCAACUCACCUUCUCAUUGGAAGGAUGUCGCCAUCCUUGAAGAUCGUGCCAACUUCAAAACGACACGGGAGCAGAGCCGGGCGAUGCUGGUCAUCAGUCCUGUUCAGAAAAAGGACGCUGGCAUCUUUCGAUGUCGUGUAGACUUUUUGCUAUCACCGACGAAAAAUAGUAACGUAAAUCUAGAAGUUGUAGUACCGCCCGAUGUACCGAAGAUUCAUAAUGAAGCUGGAGUCGUGCUUCCAUCCCACGCCGGACCCUACGAGGAGGGUGGCGAUUUGGUGCUGAUAUGCGUCGUCACUGGUGGCAAUCCAACACCAAAGAUUACCUGGUCCAGCAAUGGCAAGACGUUGCCGAGUGCAAUGAUCGAUUAUGCACACGAAUCGACGCUUAGCAGUCGACUCGUGGUGAGAAAUCUGUCCCGUGCCCACCAGCACAGCGUGUACAGCUGUCAGGCGAGUAACUUUUACCGGCGAAACGUGACCGCCAACGUGACGAUAGAGUUACGAUUACGACCUUUAACAGUGGAGAUCGUGAAUGGUAGCAGUCCACUGUCGGCCGAUCGACGCUACAUCGUGCAGUGUCAUUCGGUGGGUUCAAGACCUCCAGCAAAAAUCACUUGGUGGAUGGGUGGCGUGCAGCUGACGGCAACAAAUCAAACGACGUCCGAGGACGGAAACAGUACGCUAGCGUCGCUCAGCUUCACGCCGACCCGCGAAGACCAUGGCAAAACGUUGAUCUGCCGGGCGACGAACGAGCUGGUGAAACGGGGGACCAAGGAGACUUCGAUGAAAUUAAACGUCUUCUAUCUACCCACCCUGAAGCUCGAGCUCGGCAUCAACAUGAACCCGGAGGACAUCGAGGAAGGAGACGACGUGUACUUUGAAUGUAAAGUGAAUGCAAAUCCGUCUGCAUACAAAGUGGUCUGGAAGCAUAAUGAUCAAGCCGUACAGCACAACUCAAAGUCGGGUGUCAUAAUGAGCAGUACCGCACUGGCGCUGCAGACGGUGACGCGUCACCAGGCCGGCAACUAUACCUGCAUCGCCUCGAACGUCGAGGGUGACGGCGAAAGCAACACGGUUAACCUGAAAGUGAUGUCUGUCUAUAAACACUGUUCCUGUACUCGAAACGGUGCACAAGAUAACAUCCUCAACACAAAGAAAAGAAAAUGAAGACUUUAAUGAUGG